GUUCGCCGACUAAUCUAGAGUAGGUUGAAUCAGGUUUGAAGCAAAUUCAACCACACUCCGAUUCCAACUUGGUCAGUCGUAGCCGAAAUGGACGAAAUACUUUAUUUGUUCGACAAGAAUAUUUCGGUAUUAUUAAUAUUGUCUGGCUGAAAAUAAGCCUGCAGCCGGCACACAAAAGCUCUGACAUCACGGAUUUACGCAGCACUUGCUGAGGAUCAGAGAGGCUAGCUCUUGGCUGUGAAAGGGAGAUCCUGCCGGUCACUCUGUGAAUCUGGCGUUCACGGCGAAUGCACUUUUUCCCUUUCUGCCCUGUGCGUAAAAGCGGUCACGGAAUCUCUCCAACCUUCACUGUGAUAACCGGAGUGAUAACGACAAGCAACAUUAUACCGGAAUGAAAACAAAACACAGCAUUUUAAGUAUUUUCGGAAUUUUACAAGGGGAUUAUCGACCGUUCGGCUACUUGCCUGCUUGCUUACCUAUUUGGGUCACCCGCUCAGCUCCAACGCGCUUUUUUUAGUCUACACGUUACUGGCGUGUUUAAUUCGUAUUUUCUUGCACGGUGCAUUGCCAUAAAGAAUAAUGUAAUCUAACAUGGAUCAGGUUUUCUCAAAAAAAUCACAGUUGAUGCUCGGUUAGACAUCCUAUAGAUUAGGAAACUACCGACUACCAUCGAACCCAGCAGCGCAACAUCAGGAGUGGAUCAUGGCCAAACAUUCGGACGGACUCUUGCGGGAUGACUUGAAUAGGCUCUCUGACGAAGAGCUUUCCAGGCUUGGCAAAGAAGAGCUGAUAAGGAGACUACGGAGAGCGGAUAACGAGAAAAUGAACUUAAUGGUGGAGCACGGGAACAUGAUGAAAGACGUGAAUCGAAGACUACAGGUCCACCUUCAUGAGAUCCGCAGCCUCAAAGAGAUAAACCAGAAGCUCCAGGACGACAACCUAGAGCUCCGUGAGCUCUGCUGUUUCUUGGAUGACGACCGACAGAAGGGCAAGAAGUUGUCCCGGGAGUGGCAGCGUUUCGGCCGCUACACUGCUGGCGUGAUGUGGAAGGAUGUCAGCGUGUACCAGCAGAAGCUGAAAGAGCUAGAAGCCAAUCAGGACUCCGUGAUGCGAGAGAACCUGGAAUUGAAAGAGAUAAUUCUGAUGCUGGACGAGGAAAGGAAUGGAGCUGGGUCACGGAGCUCCAUAGACUCCCAGUCCAGCCUAACAAACCUGAACGGCGGGACAGGAACGGUACGGGACGUGGGGGAUGGGAGUAGUACCUCAAGCACCGGCAGCGCUGGUAGUCCUGACCACCACCACAACCACAUACACAAGCCGAGCGAGGAGAAAACGGCAUCCCUGCGGAGGUCUAUGGACGACCUGUCGGUGCCUCACAUCCACAAUGGACUGAACGAUGUGUCUUCAAACUACAUCAGGCAACUGGAGACCAAGGUCCGCAUCCUAGAAGAGGACAACAAGCAGCUUCUAUCACAGCAGGCCAACAGUGGUGAUCUGAAGAGUUUAAGGAAGGGUCUGUCUCUCUACCACUCUGAGUCUCAGCUCUCUUCUCUCACCAAGUAUCAGCCGGACACCCUCAACAAUGGCUCUGUUAGGACCUCUAAUCGUGAGCCACCCGCCCCUGCAGGGUACCUGUCUGUGGGCCAGAAACCUGAAGCUGUAGCCCAUGCCAUGAAAGUGCUGCAGGUACAUGAGAACCUUGAGAAGAAGCUCCCUGAAGACUACGAUGAGAACCUGAGUGAGAAGGAGAAGGCCAUCGUCAGGGAGAUGUGCAACGUGGUGUGGCGUAAACUGGGUGACGCCGCGGGCUCCAAGCCGUCCAUCCGCCAACAUCUCUCCGGGAACCAGUUCAAAGGGCCUUUGUAGUCCGCAUGAACCAGGACGCAGCAGCAUCCAACACGAGGCAAAAAACUAACACAUAAACAUCCACCACAACCAUGAACCCUCAACACUGACUGGGAAAACAAAUGAGGUUCUCACACUGUUUCAGCAGUGAGGAUCCACCCAGACACUAACCCAAUCCUACUGCUUCCUCUGUUCCUGUAAUGUCUGGCUUAACCUGGGCUAACACUGCUCCCUGGUGGACAAGCCAUGCAGGCCGACCCGGAAAGUGAGCCCAGUCCAUCUAAAGAAUGAAUCUAAAGAAUGAAUCUAAAGAACGAAACAGGCCGUGCCGUUGAAAGCGGUACGUGGCGUACCAAAACAAAUGUUCUGUAUGUUUCUGGGUGAUUUCCUGACAUCAAUUCCACAUGCUGGAUUACCACUGUUGGUGGAUUUCCAGAUAGGACCCGCUGCGUACUGUGUCUCUGUCUUGAAAUAGGAGGAAUGGGGGAGAACAAAGAACAUUAACAACUACAACUGAUCUGCCGCUUACAACUCCAGAACCAGACAUUCACGUCCCCCAAGAUACGACAGUUACCUGGCAUUGCCAAGCAACAGAUUCUGUUUGUGUUUGUAAAUGCUUACGCAACCAGAUGUUCAAAUCUGACAACCACUCCAGAACGGACACUUCUACUAAAGAGUCUUUUUUUUUUUUUUUUUCUUUGCUUCCAUGACUUUUUCCAGAGACGACCGACAGACAACUUCAUUUUCAUAGGGACUUUUAAUCAGAUUUGAUGGAAAUUGUCAGACAAAAUGUCCUCCUUUGUAUAGCCAGUACAAGGCAUAUGACGUGAAACCUAGCUGCUUUAGGCCACUGUUGAUUAAGGUAGUCUCCUUUUGCCUGACAGAGGUGUAGGUUAUGUGUUCAACUGUAGACAGAAAUAAUAUCAGUGUUCAGCAAAAUGGCAGAGAUGUGUAACAAAACAUGGCACUCACCAUGUUUGUUUCACCUUUUCAGUGGAAGGCUGUUCCCUAUUUAGUUCACAACAUUUCACCAGAGUAGUUGACUAUAAACAUGGGGUGUCCUUUGCUUUAGAACUACAGAAGGUGACACUAAGUUUACUUUCAAAGAUGCUUCAUACGUGUACUCCCAAGGCAAGAACAUGUUUAGCCUGAAUACCUGUCUGUAUUCUCCUACAAACUCCUUGUAGAAUUACCCCAUGACAGCACAAACAGAUUGAGGACCAGGCUAGAAAGCUUAGCGUGUUAUACUAUUCAAUUAACCUUUUAAGUCCUGGCUCCAAUCACUUUUUAUAGGCAUUGCAGCUCUUAAAUGUAUUUGUUAUUGCCUUUAAAAGCUGCCAUCUAUAUAACCUUUAAUUGUAUUGAAUCUUAGCCUACCUCAAGGCAGGGGAAUGGUUCAUUCAUAAUACUGUUGCUUUUAAUGAGUGAUUAUGGAUUAUGAAGACAGGAAAUGUGUGAUUAAAUUUGCAGUUAUAUGUAUGACAAUCGUUAGUAAGUUUUGAAAACAACUACUGUUUUUUUAUGAGCUCUUUUAGAAAUAAGUAUACCUUAUGGAAACCAUCUAUUCCUGCCAUUCAAAUCUAGACCUGGAAGCCAGUUCUGCUGCUGUUUUUUAUUGUUCCCACUUAACCAGGGACUGGUUUAGACCAGGUGGAUGUCAUUUAUUAACAUGUAGGACAGAAAACCAGCAGUGGUGUGGACCUUGGAGGGUUAGAGCUGAAUACCCCUGAGGUAUACUUUAUAAGCUGUCUUAGCUGGCUCCUGGAUAUGUUAGGCCCAGUGUAUGCUGUAUGAAGGCUCAUAGACCACUGUGCUUUCACUCAAUCAAGUCUCACACAAAACCUAUGUAUGCUUUAUGAAAUCUCAUAGCUGAUCACUGUGGACAAUGAGGUUUUCUAUGGUCCCAUUUUAUGUUGUUUAAUAUCCAAACUCUACUAGUUGAGUCAUCUCAGUAUUCUCUUUAUGGUGAGUUCCAAUGUCAUAAGGCUGACAAAAGAAUGGAAGCAAUCGAGUAACAACAACAUAACUGACAGAUGUUAAGUUAUAACAUCUAUGUAUAUGAUCUCUUCUAGGGAGUUUUAUGUACAAUGAAUGAGGUCUUACGGAUGUGCUGAAUUCUGUAAGGCCUGUCAAUACUCCAUGUGAGCACUCAUAGGAGUCUUAUCAAUUUUAUGCGUUCCCUUGGCUAUGGUGAUGUUGAAAUAGGCAGUUAACUGUUUUAAAGACGCUUGCUGCAUUCUCAGUUUUGUGUUUUAAAAUCUGAACUAAAGCUUUUUUGUCAUAUUGGUAAAUGAAUCUAAAAUUAGGUUGACACAUUGUCAAUAUAUAUAGGGGUAUAAAAGAAUAUGUAUACUCCACUUUUGUGUAGAAAUGCAUGUUUACACAUUCCCAGGAAUUCUUGGUAAAAGAUGUGUUCUCAUAGGAGAAAAUAUUUGGUGGUAUUGAUAGCAAAACAGUGGCUGACCUCAUCCUGAAUGGCAUUCUACAUAGACAUCUGCCCUGGUCAAAAGUAGUGCACUAUAUAGGGAAUAGAGUGUGAUUUGGGAGGCAUCCACUGUGUUUGUAUUUUUGAGGAGUCUGCAGCAGCUGAUUUUGAACAGUCACAAACUGUGACCUGCCUCUUAAAAGAAGAGCUGUGUGAACAAAAUGAGCAUUGAAAAACUUACAAUAUACUGUGUGUGUGUAUAUAUAUAUGAGGUAUAUUCCUGAUAUGAGCAUAAUUCUGUUUAAAUCAAGGACUGUUCUGUACAGUGACGUCUUUGCAACAUUUAAACACUGAUGACUAAGGAGAUUGAUGAUGGCGGUACAAAUAAGUGUCCAUACAUUCAGUCUUCACAAAUUCAACAUUUGCAAAAGUGACCUUUUUCUUAAGCAGAUAGUCUACAUGCAACUACUGACUUUUAUAUUUGUUGAUUUGACAGCACAAAAUUUGACUAUUUUCCUAAUGUUAAAUGCAAUGCUUCUUUUGUGAAGGAGGUCUCUAGUGGAACCUGUGAUGAAAUGCUGUUCUCUUUUUAGCCUCUUUCUCUGCUACAGUUUAAGACGUAUCCCAAGAUAUACACACAGCACUAUGGACAUAAGUACCUACUCCUGUAGCAUAUCUGGAACUAGCAUGCCUUUACUUUUUUUCACAAGAUGUAGCUAAAAAAAUUAAAAUAUUUAGCAAAUUUUUAAAUGUGAAAAAUGAAUGCCAAUUUUAGAAGAUUUUGAAAUAAAAUGUAAAUAUCAUUGAAAUAUACUUUCUUUUAAACCCUUCAUCUGCUUGUGUCAAUUGUGAAUGUUGAUCAACCCCAUCAAGCUAACUAGUAAUAAAGAAGUAUGAAUUUA